CACCAGCUCGUCGCAGGCCAGCUCUCCGCGCCCGGUCCCGCAGUGCUCACCACCGUCCUUGCGCUCCCGCGCCGCGUUCCGCCCAGGCCGCGCCCAGCUGGAAUGCAGAGAUCGCCGCCCGGCUACGGCGCACAGGACGACCCGCCCGCCCGCCGCGACUGUGCAUGGGCCCCGGGAUCCGGGGCCGCCGCUGAGCCGCGCGGCCUCCCCGCCGCCCCCACCGCGCCCGUCGCGCCCGUCGCGCCCGCUUCGCCAACCAGCCAGCCGUGCAGCCCGCCUCGCAGCCCCGAGUCGGGGCGCUAUGGCCUCAGCCCGUCCGGCCGUGGGGAACGCCAGACGGCCGACGAGUCGCGCAUCCGGCGGCCCAUGAACGCUUUCAUGGUGUGGGCGAAGGACGAGCGCAAGCGGCUGGCGCAGCAGAACCCGGACCUGCAUAAUGCGGUGCUGAGCAAAAUGCUGGGCAAAGCGUGGAAGGAGCUGAACGCGGCAGAGAAGCGGCCCUUCGUGGAGGAGGCCGAACGGCUGCGUGUGCAGCACUUGCGCGACCACCCCAACUACAAGUACCGGCCCCGCCGAAAAAAGCAGGCGCGCAAGGCCCGGCGGCUGGAGCCUGGGCUCCUGCUCCCGGGCCUGGCGCCGCCCCCACCGCCUCCCGAAUCCUUCCAAGCCGCUGCGUCCAGCUCCGCCCGAGCCUUCCGCGAGCUGCCCCAGCUGGGCGCGGAGUUCGACGGCCUGGGGCUACCCACUCCCGAGCGCUCGCCGCUGGACGGCCUGGAGUCCGGAGAGGCCGCCUUCUUCCCGCCGCCUGUGCCGCCCGAGGACUGCGCUCUGAGGGCUUUCCGUGCGACCUACGCCCCCGAGUUGGCCCGGGACCCAGGCGGCUGCUACGGAGCGCCCCUGGCCGAGGCGCUCAGGACCGCGCCGCCCACCGCGCCGCUCGCCGGCAUCUACUACGGCGCCCUGGGCGCUCCGGGCCCAUACCCCACCCCACUGUCGCCGCCGCCCGAGGCCCCGCCACUGGACGGCGCCGAACCGCUGGGACCCACAGACGACCUUUGGGCCGACGUGGACCUCAUCGAGUUCGACCAGUACCUCAACUGCAGCCGGACUCGGACGGACGCCACCCCGCUCCCAUACCAUGUGGCACUGGCCAAACUGGGCCCCCGCACUAUGUCCUGUCCAGAGGAGAGCAGCCUCAUCUCGGCGCUGUCGGAUGCCAGCAGCGCGGUCUACUACAGCGCCUGCAUCUCUGGCUAAGCUGCUGCUGCACCAGCUCUCAGCGCUUCCUCACGCCGUGCGGCUGCCCGCUCCCUCGCGCAGAUGUAUGUUUAGGCUAUGCAACAGCGACGCUAACGGCAUGUGGGUCCCACCUCCCGGCCACCGUCCCAGUUCUGGGGACCCUGCUGCUGGCUCCCACGUGGGGCUAGGAAACCCAGGCCUAGGACCUGCUGGCUGGCCCUGCCAGGGUUAAGUUGUUGAAGCACCUAAUCCUUUUCUUGCAGUGUAUUUUCUAGAACCAGAUUGUAUUUUUUACUUUGCCUUUUUUAUAUACAUAAUACAAUAUAUUUAAUUUUUAAUUAAACUUUUUCUUUUAAAGGGUUUCAGUGAUCACCAGCAUCCAUGUAGCAAGGGCUUUUUAAAUACAAGGAAUAAACAAUGUUUGCUGUAAAGGAGGGGCCAGGAGCUGGAUCCUCUGGGCAGGGGGCCACAAUAAAGUGC